AUGCAGACAGUUGCAGUAGUGUCCAUUGCCCUGCUGAUCUCCGUUGCUUCAUCGCUACCGAAUUUUCUCACAAACAACAUCGAGGGAUAUACUUUACCCAACAAUGAGACUAUCUACAUCAUAAAUGCUCCUAUGCUUGCCAAUAGCGGUUCUCGUAACAUCGUAGACACUAAUGUUUUGUUGUAUGCCAUCGUAGGUGCUAGGGCAAAUGAAGUCAUUGAAAAGAUCAUGGGUUUCCCUCGAGUUUUAGGGGCUGUCGACGGAUGCCACAUACAGAUAAGAGCUCCACAAGAAAAAUACCAUCCCAUGUCUUAUCUGAACAGGAAACGGGACUAUUCGGUUAUAUUACAGGCUGUAUGUGAUCAUACUUUACGGUUCACGGACAUUCUAUCCGGAUGGCCUGGGUCAGUACAUGACGCAAGAGUCUUCAAAAAUUCACCCCUUUAUGAAGCCAGCUGCAGUGAAAACCUUUUUCCUGGCGAUACACAUAUUGUUGGAGAUGCAGCAUAUCCACUGCAAAGUUGGGUUUUAACACCGUAUAAAGAUACGGGGAAUCUGGCAGAGUGUCAGAAAAGAUAUAACUUCAUACAUGCAAACACUCGUCAAACGAUUGAAAGAGCCUUUGGUUUGUUGAAAGGAAAAUGGAGGAGGCUGAGAUUUCUGGAAAUGACCAAACUUGAAGAUGUCCCAAGUGUUAUAACAGCAGCCUGUACACUUCACAAUAUGUGCAUAGAGAACAAUGAGAAUGACCUGGACAUGUGCAGUGAUACCAGUAUCUUUGCUGAUGCUCCAGCUGUGAGUGAGCCUUUGAACCAGAGUGGAUCAGUAAAACGGAAUGCCCUAGCCCAGUAUUUCUGGUCUACCAAUCGAUAUUAA